AUGAUGGUGAGCCAGUGGCCCAUCCGACCAGGGCGGUGGUUUGAGUACCGCAUCCCGUUGACCACCGAGGAUCGGGGGACGUUCUUCUACCAUAGCCAUGUCGGGGUGCAGGCCAUGACCGCGUACGGGGCGGUGGUGGUCGAGGAUCCGGUGGUGGAGGAGGUGGCGGAUCCGAGUACCGCGACGGUUGAGGCCGAGGGCGGCGUGGGGUGGGGGAGGGUGGAGUUUGUCGAUGUAGUGGGGGGUGAGGGGUUGGAGGCGGAGGGGAAGAGCUCGCGGUUGAGUCCGUAUGAGUACGACGAGGAUCGAGUUCUGGCGUUGGGCGACUGGUUCAGCUAUAGCUCGACAGCGCGGGUGCAGGAACAGCUGAAGGGCGAUCCGUUCGUGUGGCCUGGCUCGGCGUCGAAACUGCUGCUUAACGGUCGGUAUUCCCCACCGCCCACCGGAACCGUCCCCGCGUGCAACCAGACCCGAGCGAACAACAUCGGCGUCUCAUGCAGCUCUGCUCCCCCUCGCUGCCAAACCUCUACCCAUGACUACCCCACCAUCUACCUCGACUAUGCCAAAACCUACCGGCUGCGCUUGAUCGGCGCCACGUCGCUCAUGUACGUCUCGCUCGCUUUCCUGGCACCCACCGCAACGCCGUACGCCUCGGCCAACGCGAGCAGCAGCGUGGUCGCACAGCGCGUGCGGAUGGACACGAUGACACUGAUCGAAGCGGACGGGUCGUACCUGGACGCAUUGGAGGUCGAGCACGUCGAGCUGGCCGCGGGCCAGCGGUACUCCGUGCUGUACCAGAGCCGGAGUCGGGCAGAGGUGGAACGCGAUGCGGUGGGCGGGGUGUAUUGGGCGAGGGUCGAGUCGCGGUGGCGCGCAGGCCCAAGCAUGUGGGUUAGGAUUGUGUAUCCGGACCUUGACUCUUCGCGCGCCGUUGGGCCUCCGGUGGCGCUCUGGCCGGGGCAGGAGGAUGUGCAGCUGCUGCCGGGGGAAACGUUUGGGUGGGUCGCGUCGCAGCUCCGCCCGCUGUCCACGCCAGGCGGGCCAGCGUGGUGGUACUCGGCCCCGAUGCCGCCAGACACAGCGGUGACACGGACGGUCAUCAUCGACACGCAGCAGGUCGCUUUCUACCCGUCGGCCAAAGGCGUCAAAUGGGACGAGAACGGGAGGAUCUUCAACGAACCCGCCCCGCCCACUGCCGCCCCGUACCUCGUCCGCACCUUUCUGGGGGAUAUCCGCUUCCCGACCCGCGCGCAGUUUGAAUCCGCCAUGUACAACCCGACCACGUAUCCCUCCUCCUCCUCCUCCUCCUCCUCGAACGGACACGCACAGCAGGCGAUCGUGGACGUGAGCAGCCCGGCCGAGGCCGAGGCAGCGGUGCGCCGCAAGUGGAAACAAGGCUACGACAGCGCACUCAACAUGUACUUUGCGCUAGCGGGCGAGGUGGUGGAUAUCGUACUCAUCAACAAGCCGUCAGCGCUCUCCGGGAGCGUCGAGAUCCACCCGUGGCACAUGCACUCGCACAAACACACGACGCGCACCAUCCAGCCGGGCACCUUCUCUUUGCAGCGGCUCGAGCACGUGUACGCUUCGUCUUCCACGGCUUCGCUCACCGACGCGUUCAGCAGGCCCGUCGAGCGCGACACGACCGUCGCAUACGCCAGCCCGGGCGCUGCAUUCCGCAACCAGACCGUACCCCACCCGGAUCGCGACGAUGGCGGAUGGACCGUGCUGAGGUACAAGGUGCAGGCAGACAAUGCGGGUGUGUUUCUGUUGCAUUGCCAUAUCCAGUUCCAUCUCGAGAUGGGCAUGGCGACUGUGUGGACCUUGGCCCCGGACGUGCUGGCCAACCGCACGGGCAUGUACUGGCCCACGAGACCGCACAAGGGUGAGAACGGCAACACACACCAAGGGUCGGUAGAAGGCCUCGAUAUGGGAUAUCUCGAGUUUGACAAGAACGUCUCUGCUGUGUUUUAG